UAAGCUAAUCUGAGCCCAGCGCUCGGCUAGCUCCGGCUCGGACUCCCUAAGCUCCGCGCGUGUUCCCGCCAGCACGUCCACGCCCGCACAGCCCCUACCGGGGACUCUCAGCCCGCCCGCGGAUCAAGAUGUCCUUCCAAGGCAAGAAGAGCAUUCCCCGGAUCUCGAGUGAUCGCCUGCUCAUCAAAGGUGGGAAGAUUGUGAAUGAUGACCAGUCCUUCUAUGCCGAUCUCUAUGUGGAAGACGGUCUGAUUAAACAGAUUGGAGAAAAUCUCAUCGUCCCCGGGGGCAUCAAAACCAUCGAUGCUCAUGGCCUGAUGGUACUGCCCGGUGGAGUUGACGUCCACACCCGGCUGCAGAUGCCCGUACUGGGCAUGACCCCAGCUGAUGAUUUCUGUCAGGGCACUAAGGCGGCCCUGGCGGGCGGGACCACUAUGAUAUUGGACCACGUGUUUCCUGAUGCUGGGGUGAGCCUGCUGGCGGCUUAUGAGCAGUGGCGGGAGCGAGCGGACAGUGCAGCAUGCUGUGACUACUCCCUACAUGUGGACAUUCCCCGCUGGCAUGAGAGCACCAAAGAGGAGCUGGAAGCCCUAGUCAGGGACAAAGGUGUGAACUCCUUCCUGGUCUUCAUGGCGUACAAGGACAGGUGCCAGUGUACUGACGGUCAGAUGUAUGAAAUCUUCAGCCUCAUCCGUGACCUGGGAGCCUUGGCCCAGGUGCACGCUGAAAACGGGGACAUCGUGGAGGAGGAACAGAAGCGCCUGCUGGAGCAAGGCAUCACUGGCCCUGAGGGCCAUGUUCUCAGCCACCCUGAAGAGGUAGAGGCCGAGGCCGUGUACAGAGCCGUCACCAUUGCCAAGCAGGCUAACUGCCCACUAUACAUCACCAAGGUGAUGAGCAAGGGUGCCGCCGACAUGGUUGCCCAAGCCAAGCGCAGGGGGGUGGUCGUCUUUGGGGAACCUAUUACCGCCAGCCUGGGCACUGACGGUUCACACUACUGGAGCAAGAACUGGGCCAAGGCUGCGGCCUUUGUCACUUCACCCCCUAUCAACCCGGACCCUGCCACUGCAGACCACCUCACCUCCCUGCUGUCCAGUGGGGACCUCCAGGUGACAGGCAGUGCACACUGCACCUUCACUACGGCCCAGAAGGCUGUUGGCAAAGAUAACUUCACGCUGAUCCCGGAGGGCAUCAACGGUAUAGAAGAGCGCAUGUCUGUGGUCUGGGAGAAAUGUGUGGCUUCAGGGAAAAUGGAUGAGAACGAGUUCGUUGCCGUGACCAGUACAAAUGCUGCCAAAAUCUUCAAUUUUUACCCCAGGAAGGGGCGUGUGGCUGUGGGCUCUGAUGCUGAUCUCGUCAUCUGGAACCCCAGGGCCACGAAAGUCAUCUCUGCCAAGAGCCACAACCUGAAUGUCGAGUACAACAUCUUUGAAGGAGUGGAGUGCCGAGGAGUGCCCACGGUGGUCAUAAGUCAGGGCAGAGUAGUGCUGGAGGAUGGAAACCUGCUUGUCACUCCGGGGGCUGGCCGCUUCAUUCCUCGGAAGACGUUCCCGGACUUUGUCUAUAAGAGGAUAAAGGCUCGCAACAGGCUAGCAGAGAUCCACGGUGUGCCCCGAGGCCUGUACGAUGGGCCUGUCCAUGAGGUGAUGUUACCUGCCAAGCCAGGGAGUGGCACGCAGGCUCGUGCAUCCUGUCCAGGCAAGAUCUCAGUGCCACCCGUGCGCAACCUGCACCAGUCGGGGUUCAGCCUAUCCGGGUCUCAGGCUGAUGAUCACAUUGCCAGACGCACAGCUCAGAAGAUCAUGGCGCCCCCUGGAGGACGCUCCAACAUCACUUCUCUUUCCUAGACUUGGGGGUCUGGCAAGCUGGUGCUGUCCCCACUGGCAGGGUGUGGGGACCACUCACUUCAGUUAGCUCCUUCCUUUGUAGCUUAUCGUGAACGGUGCUCAGCCUUGCCCUUCCUUUCCCCAUAAACUCUCCCCUUGGAGUCCCAGACCCCACUAUGAGGGCUCCCUCCAGGGGGCUGAAUCCAGGGAGAGUUCACUGCCAGAGCGAGAGAACUAGACAUGGCAGUGACCAGGUGCCUCUUGCCUCCCCCCACCCCCACCCCCGGCCUUACCAUGAAGGCCUCCAUGAGAGCUCUCUGCCUCAUGCCUGUGAGCUUUCUGGUGUCUGGGUAUAGGGCAGGGUGGGUGUUCGCUGCCGCCAACCCCCUUAAGAAAUCACUGCC